UUGUACAGUCAAAUCAUAGCCUCACUCUUUCCGAUCCGAUUUUUCAUUCCGAAUUCCAAUUCGAAGAAGAAAGAAAGGAAGAAGAAGAUCAAGAAGAUGUCUUCACUUGCAGCUGCUAGAGCAGAUAAAUUUUACUAUCCUCCAGAAUGGACCCCAAGCCAGUGUUCCUUGAACAAGUUUCACGGUCAGCAUGCGUUGAGAGAGAGGGCGAGGAAAAUAGACGAAGGCAUUUUGAUUAUAAGUUUUGAGAUGCCCUUUAAUGUAUGGUGUGGUGGCUGCAAUUCUAUGAUUGCAAAGGGUGUAAGGCUCAAUGCGAAUAAAAAGCAAGUGGGAAAUUAUUAUUCUACAAAGAUAUGGAGCUCUACAAUGAAGUCUGCAUGUACAUGUAGACAUGAGAUUGUUAUUCAGACAGAUCCAAAAAAUUGGUAUGUGAUUAUCAGUGGGGCCCAGCGAAAGACCGAGGAGUUUGCAGUGACCUUUGCACUCCCUGCAGAUGAAGAACGGGGUAAACUAUCAGAUCCAUUUUAUUGUCUUGAACAUCAGGAAGAAGAUUUGCAAAAGAAGAAAGAAGCUGAGCCAGUGCUAGUCCGCCUCCAGCGAGUAUCUGAUGCCAGGCAUUCAGAUGACUACGCCCUCAACAAGGCUCUUCGGGCACAACUUAGGGUAUGUUACUGAGCCUAUAUUAGCUCUUCAUCUUCAAGCAGAUAAAGUUGUUCCCUCACUUUCUGAUUUUCUCAGAAUCAAAAGAAGAGAGUCCCUGAAGAAGAGGCUAUUCGAAGGAAAAGCUAGAGGGGCCUUGGCAUACGACUGCUUCCACCAUCUGAAGAAGAUGCAUCUAGUCCAGCCCAUGUGAAGUUUUCUUCCAUGUUUGACAAAAUUAGCUAGGAAGGAUAAGCGAGCAUUGAUCAAUGCAGCUUCAAUCUUCUCUAGUUCAUCUGGGUCUUCCAUGUCCACAAAGAGACAUUUGGGGUUAGAAUCCAAGAGAAGGAAAAUUAAUGCAGCUCUGCUGCAUAUGGCUUUCUUGCUGGGGGAUGAAUAUAAGCCUUCAUGAUCAUGGUCCCAGAGUGCUGUAUUACGUUGCGGAGGCAUGUAGAGGAGAAGUUAA